AACAACUACCAACAAACUAAGAUCGACUCAAUUUAUGGUGUCUAGCUACACGUAAAGAGUGCAUCAUGCAGGGCGCAAACUUAUCAUCACGAUCGCAAGGGUUCGUCGAUCUGCCGGUGGAAAUCCAAACUCACGUCCUCGAGGCCCUUGCCUCAUCACACCCCGCAUCGAUCUGUGCCGUCCUCUCAACAUGCAAACAUCUCUACAAAAUCGCUCUGCAUUUCUCAGUCCGAACGUACGAGAGCGCCGCCGGUCCAAAGAACACAAGCGAGUACGCACAGAAACGCAGCCGCAACCUUGCCUUCCUCCGUUACAUCGUCAUCACCAAGCCCGAGCUCGCACAACAUGUGCGCCGCAUCACAAUCAAACACGUCUCCACCAGCCUCAUCUACCGCACCGCCCCAUCAAGCAAGAAACCCUUGGGUCCUGAAAGUGAUGAGAUUGGCGUGUACACGAACAUGAUUGAUGCCUCGGGCCUCUCCGACCACGUCGAGGAUUGGGAAGCUGUGCGACACGAAUGGCUUCGAGGCCUUGCCGACGGUUUAGUCGAGCAGCAGAUUGGGCUCAUGUUUCUCGCAUGCCCGAAGAUCCAGGCUCUCGAACUAGGAACCCCUCUCGCGCCUAGACUCCUGCCUCGCCUGAUCAAAGCUGCAGCGUUACACGGGAGGAGCAUGAAGACCCCGUUACUCCAUCACUUACGAGAGUACUGCGGCGAGCCAGAGAUGCCCAAGAGUCUUUUCCACUUCUUCAACAUUGGAAAGGAAUUCCUGCAGCUGCCUCAGUUACGGACGUUCACAUGCGCCAGCUUAUCGAGCAGUGGCCCGAACGGGCAUCUCUUCGACGAGAACGCCAACCCGCCCGGGUCUUCAAACGUUCAAAAUCUUACUCUGCUGGAUGCCAAUAUCACACAAGAGGGCCUCAGCACAGUCAUCCGUGCUUGCAAAGAGCUCAAGUCGUUUCACUGGACCCCAGGCGACAGCAGUUUCCUAGACAUGCAGAUCAAGCUGCAGGAUCUAGCCCAAGCCCUGUCGUCGCACCGAGAGACUAUCGAGUGUUUACACAUCAACUACCAAGGUCAGUGGCGCAAUCAAGAAUGGUAUGUCGAACAAGAGGGCUUCUUUAUCGGAACCUUCCUGCGGGAAAUGAUCUCGUUGAAGUCGUUACACAUCGGUAUGGAAGCUUUUACAGGCUUUACCGAUCUCUGGACCGUCCCAAGCCUCUAUCGCAAUCUUACUCAAGAACAAAUGGUAGUGGAAUUGGAGAGAGUUCCGCGGCUCGUCGAUCACAUUUCUCCUAACCUCGAGAGCCUCGAGCUGUAUGGGUGCACCAUGGAGAUAUUACCUCAUGUUCGGGAACUCGUGGAAUUGCACCAGACAGGAGAAAGAUUCACGAGCUUGCGGAAGAUCCGGCUACGCUUCAAUGCAGAAUUGGUUGAUCCUAGCAAAGUCAGCAUGGAACUCGGGGCAAAUUCGAGUCGCUUAGACUUGGAGGUCAUGUACGACCGAGUGAGUUGAAUUGAAGGAGGGUAGGGUGGCUGGAGUGGUGCCCUACCUUACGUAGCCACCAAACUAUUGAGUCGAACUUAACGACGGCUGAUCCUAUCAGACCCAAAGAAGUUUUCAAUUUCAAACCACACUGGAUGAUCGGCAAGCAUUUGUCGGUCCGAUUGCCGAAGCCCUUGCCGUGUGAAGAGAUUGCUCAUCGAUGCAUGUGCCAAACAUGCAAUCGGCUUGAUUUGAGCCUAUCUGCAAUUAUGACGAUAAGUGAUGUGGUCGUCGCUGAAGAAUCCAAAGGACCUUUCUCUUGAGGGCAUUCCGAGCCUUGCAGUUUGCCAAUAUGCAAGGUCUUUUUGUGAACAGG